AAAUAGAAGAGAAAGAAAGGACAAGAAACAACAGAAAGAAAGAAGGAAUGAAGAAGAAAAUUUAAUCCGAUCCAAUGCUGUUUUGACGUCCACAAGAUCACACCUCACUCUCUCUCCUACGUUCUCUCUAAAAACACAGCAAACUACAGCUAACUGUUCCUCUUUUUACCCAAAUAGAUUGAAGAAGACGGGUUUGCACCAGAAAGGAUUAUAGUGAAACGACAAAACCCUAAAAGCUGUACAAACUAUAUAUAUUGGUUUAUGUAUGAAUAUGGUUGUGUGUGGUGCGAAGAAAGAGCAAAGUGUUGAAUAAGAGUGAGUUACAGUUACAGUGUGUGGUUCGAUCGCAAUACAGGGGCUUUUAGAGACUUACUCCCACUGUUCAAUUCGAACUCUUCUGAAAUUCAUGUGGAAGCAGGCUGAAGAUUGUCCUUUACACGGAGUUAAGGCAAUUCUAGGAUGUUCAGAACCGAAGCUUCUUCCUUGUUUUUGGUUUUCUUUGAUUUUCGACUUGGGUUUGAUAAAACUCAACACCGUAUGCUGAGGCCAAAAGGUUUCCCCUUUUACUUGGUGCACAUUGAGGACUUUGGAAUGUCUACCCUCGAUUGUGAAUAUAAAUUGGUUACUCGAUUGAUUGAUAGUUGGGGCUUUCCACGCGUUGUUGUUUAAAUUGGUGUAUUCAGAUCUUGUGGUGUUGACCGCCAGAUUUAUGUCAUUCUAGAUAGUGUUUGUACUUGAAUAAGUUUUUGUAGAUUGUGUUUUUCUCAAAAAAUGGUGCCGUCAGGGCCUUCCACUCCGCAUGGUGGUGCCCAGCCUGUUAUGCCAUCAUUAUUACGGUCUAAUUCCGGUUUGUUGGGUGGUCAAGGGGGUGCAAUUCCUUCGCAGGCCGGUUUCUCGUCUCUGGGGUCACCGCGGGGUCAGCGUAAUAACAUGAAUAUGCUUGGGAGUGUCCCAAAUGUUUCAUCACUACUACAUCAGUCUUUUGGAAAUGGGGGUCCAAAUUCUGGGCUCUCUGUUCCUGGGAGUUCUCAGAGGGGUAUUAUGGAUAAUAGUGCUGAAUCUGAUCCGCUCUCCGGUGUUGGAAAUGGAAUGGGUUUUAAUACACCUUCCUCAUCGUUUGUUCCAUCAAAUAUCAUAAGCACAAGUUCAUCAGGUCAGGCUCAAGGACAACAUUUUCCAAAUCCUUCUGGAAACCAGAUGCUACAAGACCAACAGCAGUCCCAACAAAUUGACCCUCAGAACUUCCAACACAAUCAGCAGACCUUGCAACAAUUCUCUGCCUCUAACAAUGUCCUUCAUCGGCAGCACCAACAACAGCAAUAUCAAUCACUUCGACCUGGAUUAGGUGGCGUUGGACCUGUCAAGAUAGAACCACAGGUUACAAAUGAUCAACAUGGACAACCAUCACAGCAGUUACAAGCUUUGCGAAACCUUGGUACAGUGAAAUUGGAACCCCAGCAAAUCCAGAGUAUGAGAAACAUGGGGCUGGUCAAAAUGGAACCCCAGCAUUCCGACCAUUCGUUGUUUUUACAUCAACAGCAGCAGCAGCAGCAGCAGCAACAACAACAACAACAACAGCAAUUACUCCAUAUGUCCAGACAAUCCCCUCAGGCAGCUGCUGCUGCUGCCCAAAUGUUGCAUCAACAUAGACUUUUGCAGCUGCAACACCAGCAGCAACAGCAACUCCUGAAGGCUAUUCCUCAACAAAGAUCCCCUCUACAACCACAAUUUCAACCACAGAGUUUGCCUUUAAGGUCUACUGUAAAACCAGUAUAUGAACCUGGGAUGUGUGCCCGGCGGCUGACACAUUAUAUGUAUCAGCAACAACAUAGACCUAAAGACAACAGCAUAGAGUUUUGGAAAAAAUUUGUGGCCGAGUACUUUGCUCCUAAUGCCAAGAAGAAGUGGUGUGUUUCGAUGUAUGGAAGCGGCCGACAAACUACUGGAGUUUUCCCUCAGGAUGUAUGGCACUGUGAAAUAUGCAACCGCAAGCCAGGCCGUGGAUUCGAGGCAACUGUUGAGGUUCUGCCUAGGCUUUUCAAGAUAAAGUAUGAAAGUGGUACCUUGGAAGAACUUCUGUAUGUGGAUAUGCCCCGGGAAUAUCAGAAUUCAUCUGGUCAAAUUGUCCUGGACUAUGCAAAAGCUAUACAGGAGAGUGUUUUUGAGCAACUUCGUGUUGUUCGUGAUGGUCAGCUUCGGAUAGUUUUCUCUCCAGAUCUGAAGAUAUGCUCUUGGGAAUUCUGUGCACGGCGUCAUGAAGAGCUUAUACCGCGAAGACUGUUGAUUCCUCAGGUUAGUCAACUUGGGGCUGCGGCUCAGAAGUACCAGGCUGCUACCCAAAAUGCGUCAUCUAACUUAUCUGUUACAGAGUUACAAAAUAAUUGCAACAUGUUUGUUACAUCAGCUCGUCAAUUGGCAAAAGCACUCGAAGUGCCAUUAGUAAACGAUUUGGGAUAUACGAAGAGAUAUGUGCGGUGCCUUCAGUCCUGAGCAGGACCUGGUUUUCUCAUAUGGAUGGCUAAUUAUUAUUUGA